UUUAUUUUUCAAUAUGGGGGAGGAUUGUGUAAUAAUUAGGGACGGAUGACAACCACUGAUCUAUAAUAAAGAAAAGGCCUUUAUUAUAAAUCAGUAGCGGGAAAUCUAUUAAAGACUUAGACGUCGCUGAAUAGCAAAAAUAAGAAAAACAACAACUCCCAAGAAUCAAAGGAAAGCACCGCUUCAGAAAUACCGGAAGCAAUUCCGGAAUUAGGGUUAAAACGGAAACAGGCAUACGAUCAUUGUUUUUGCGAAGCGGAUUAAUAAAAUAUAACCUGUUACCUACCUGUACAGAGCUGUAAUACAAUACACAAUGUCUAGGCAGUCGAACAGAUCCACAGAUAGCAAGAAAAUGAAUUCUGAACUGUUUACUUCACAUAUGCGAGCACUGGUCACUCAGCUCUGUAAGGACUAUGAGAAUGACGAGGAAGUGAACAAGCAGCUUGAUAAAAUGGGUUAUAAUAUUGGGGUACGCCUCAUUGAGGACUUCUUGGCUCGGUCAAGUGUAGGCAGGUGUCAUGAUUUCCGAGAAACAGCCGACGUCAUUGCAAAGGUAGCUUUCAAAAUGUAUCUGGGCAUCACCCCCAGCGUGACCAACUGGAGCCCUGCUGGAGAUGAGUUCUCCCUCAUCCUGGAGAGUAACCCACUGGUGGACUUUGUGGAACUUCCAGAUAACCACAGCACUCUGAUUAACUCCAACCUAUUGUGUGGUGUAUUGAGAGGAGCUCUAGAGAUGGUUCAAAUGGCUGUGGAUGUGCGAUUUGCUCAAGACACACUAAGAGGAGACAAUGUGACAGAAAUUCGCAUGAAGUUCAUUAAGAGGAUUGAGGAAAACCUGCCUGCAGGUGAUGAAUGAGACUGGUGUGUUCGCGGUGGAGAUGUAAUGGCCCGCUUUAGACUUUAGUGACUUCAGAUCAUGAAGUUCUGGUGGGAACUACAAACCUACAGUUUAGUCAUCUACUGGUUUUCCCUUGUGGUUAAGCACAUAAUGCAAACAGAGGGACUGCCUAAGGGGUAGUUUUUAUUUUUUGUUUUUUUUUUAACCCAGAUUAUCAAGAAUUGCAAAAACUGAAUCCCACCAAUCACUUCCCAUAGUUGCUCACCUUGAAAAAGUCCACGUGUAAUUUUUUUGAUUGGUGGGUAUAUUUUAUAUAGCAUCUCCUUAAAUUGUGAGAAAAUGCUUCCAGCUCAUCAUUUUUUUCAGAUGUCUUUGAAGAAUGGAAACAAAAAAAAAAUCAGUAAGAAAGGACUAAGUGGUGUUUAUGCUUCAGUGUAGGGUUCUUUUAUUCCUGCAUCAUAGAGCUGCAGAGUGCAAGGAAGCAUGGGGAAUUAUGUACAGGCUCAUUCUGUUUGAACUCUUAAUUGGCGCAGACGUACAGAGUACCCCCCUCUUCCUAUAGAUGUUCUUUUUCCUCUCUAUUAGUAGAGAUGUCUUCAUCUCCUGUCUUGGCCCCAUUGACAACAUUGGAAAGGUUGUCAAACACGUGGAAUUUGCAUUUCAUGGUUUGGCAUAACCUGUAAAACACCAUGCAUGUACUUUCUCUGAAUUUGUUUCUGUUGUAUUGCUUUAAUUUUUACCCCCCUUUUUGUAUCAGUCUUUGCUGUCAUUAAAGAUAAAUGCCACGUGUGAAUUAAUUUUAAUUUAAAAUCAGAGAAAUGUGAAUUAAAAGCAGAAUAAAUUGCUACCUGAAUAUGAA